AUAAUCGCCGAUUCCGGCGUUUCAUAGAUGGGAGCGCAGGAGCUGCAGAAACAAGAGGCCGACGAUGACAGUACAGUCUGGGGCGCGCGAUGAUACCAUGUGAUCGCUCGCAACGGGAAAUGUUUAUUUCCUCGUCAUAUCAGUACGUUGCUGGAGCUGGCCCCAAUCGGCGCCUUGUGCACGGGGCUUGUAAAUGGCGAAUUUCAACUGGAUGCCAAAUGAGAUUCUGGAGCUUAUAUUCGAAAACCUAGAUUUUCGAACGCGCCGAAACCUGUCGCUUGUCUGUCGCCGAUGGAACAACGUGUUGCUGUCGGAACGGUUCAUCGAACGUCGUGUGCUGCUGGCGAUCGACGGAAAUCGUCCACUGAAUGUGAAACAUCUGGUGCUUGAACGGCGUUAUCCCAACGUGAAGCUACAGUUCGACAGCCGGUGUAGCAAUGAGACGUUUAAAGCAUUGCGAGUCUUGCUUCCAGUGUGCGUUCCAGCACCGACCUUCCUGUGCCUGCACACCCAAUGGAACGACCCACGGUGGACGGCCCUGUGUGAAGAUCAGUUGCUUAACCUUCGAACGGUGGCGGUGCUCCAUCUGAUCGGUAGCUGCAAAGCGGAUCCCCGGGGACCGAUGGCCCUGCAGAUGGAUGAGUUGCGUACGCUCAAAUUGGAAGUGAUCGACGUCGAUGGGUUGUCGUUGUUGAUGGCACCGAAACUAUCCAACCUUUCCGUGUGGGUACAGUCGGAGCGACACGUUGAACUGUUGCGGCAAUUCGUAACUCAACUGCACACGCUGCACAUCGUGUUCAAUGCAAAGGAGAGCUUCUCCUUCUAUCGUCUCGACUUGUCCAACCUUCGCCGUCUGGCGAUUGAUCGUCGCUUAAAAGGGAUGACCAAAAGCGAACAGAACGCCAGCAUAUCGUUCUUUCGCCGAUUGGUUCAUCUACGCGAGCUCGAACUGAUCGUAAAGUUUAUCGACAGCUACGUGUUGCAUACGAUGUUCGAGAAGCUGACGCAGCUGGAACAACUGUCACUCCAGGUGUCCGAAGGGACCAUCGAGCUGGUGCACAUCGCCAAACUAACGCGUCUUAAGCGCUUGCGGGUUGGUGCCUCGAGAAUCAAUCUGCAGCAGGCAGCGUUGCCGGCCCUGCGAACUCUGGUCCUCGGUUCGCCCGAGCUGGAAACAGGCACGUACCUUGAAGGAAUCGAGUGUUUAAUGGCCUUUACGAGACUACACUCGUUGUCGUUGGUUAAUGUUAAAAUCUAUCCCGAAGUACUUCAACUCACACCAACGUACGCCGUUGAACGGAUGCUGCUUUCCAACUAUCGCAGGCUGGAGGAAACGCAUUUGCUGAUCUUUGUAAAACGGUUUCCGGCCCUCCGCUGGCUCAGGAUCAGCCACUGCCAUGGUGUCCAUCAGCGUGAGAUCGAUAAGAUGAAGCGAACCCUGCCGAGGCUAGCUGUCGCCUUCGACGAGGCAAAAAGUGAUCGGGUUUAAAAGGCCGCACAGAAGGAUGUACUGUCGUUUCCAGAUUUCAUGUAGACAAAAGAAAGCAUUAAUUUAUUGUGACCUACAAAUACAAAGAGCAGCUAUGUACUAUAUUCUGAGAUGGACAAUAUUGAAGAGGAAAAGGUGUAAAAUACGAAACAAAUAGAAAGCCGACAUUAAUCGGAUCGUUGCUUUGACGUCCGCUGUUGAGGUGAAACAUCGUCCAGACUAAGUUCCCGGCAGACGGCCUUCGUGACGGUCGUUACGA